AUGUUGCUGUCAGUGGUUGUGCAUCUGCAAUCGCUGCGAUGGUUCGUCCCAGAGUUUUUGAUGUUGGGCUCGGCACCGGCGUACAUCACGGUGUGGUCGGCAUGGCGUCUGCUAACCGCAGUUCUUCCCACUAAAAUUUACUUCAUUGGGGACGAUUUCCUGUGGUCUUCGUACCAACGUUUUAUUUUGUUCUUUGUGGAAAAUAUGACAGGCCUUGAGGUGUACCUGUAUGGAGAUGCUGAACAGGUGAUAAAAGACCAAGAGAAUGUCAUCUAUCUGUCAAAUCAUCAGUCGACAGUUGAUUGGGUGGUGACAGAUAUGUUGGCUGUCCGCCAGGGAAGCAUGGGUCAUAUCCGCUACAUACUGAAGGAUGGUCUCAAGUAUCUGCCCAUGUAUGGCUUUUAUUUUGGACAGCACGGCAGUAUUUAUGUGAAGAGGAGCGGGAAGUUCAACAGACAGAAAGCCAGCGCACCAGCUCAAGUCUGGCUGGUAGUGUUCCCUGAAGGUACCAGGUUUAACCCUGAACUCUCAGCCAUCAUUGAAAAGAGCCAGAGCUUUGCCAAAGUAUCAAGGUGAGGGUUGACACCAUUCACGCAGCUGUUGACACCUCGAGUUAAAGCCUUGCAGUUAGCUGUGGAGGAACUCCACGACUAUGUAGAUGCUAUAUAUGAUGUGACUGUGGGCUACAGUGAUACGAAGGACUCACGGACAGGUGAAAGAAUCGCAUCACCAGGUAUACCAGAAAUCCUUGCCGGCCAUUCUAGUGAAAUCCACAUCCAUGUGAACCGGAUUGAUAUCAGGGACGUACCCACACAGGAGGCAGCGUUAAAACACUGGCUUCAUAAACUAUUCCAGGACAAGGAGAGAAUGCUACUGGACUUUUACUCUGAGGACCCAGGUCGGAGGGACAAAUUCCCUGGGAGAUCAAAGUUGUCAAGGCUUGGUUUGCUGCAAACUUUCCCAUCAGCCUUGUUCUGGAGUAGUUUGUUUAUAGGUGCUAUUUCAUUGAAGCAAGGGAGGUCACUCUAUUGGAAAAUUGGAGUUGGUGCAAUCCUAGGAGGAAUUGCAUAUUCUGCAGUCAAAAGUUAAACAGAUUUCCAAGUAAAACCUUUUUUUCCUAGCUGUAUUGCCUAGGUGUUCAUACAUAUAGGUGAAACUGGGACGUGCCAGUUUGGAAAGAAUUAUGGAACACAAGUGUGUUGUGGUUAAAUUAAGUGACCUAUCAUAUCACCCUUGAAUCUUGACUGUGGCGGGGGAGUCAUCACCUUUUUGUGGUUGUGAAAAUGAUAUGAUGUCAUAGUAGGAGUUUUGUGUAAAGGCAUGUCAAGAUUUUAAAGAAUUGCUUUAGCAUGAUGGAGUCCAAGUGGGUUUAUGGUUUUAUUAAUGUAUUUUGUUGUGUGACUUAAAACAUUUACUCAUUUCUGUGUUUAUCAUUUUCUUGAGUAUGCAGAGUGUAAUACUAUGACAGUGAGGGUCAUUUUAAACUAAAAAAAAACAGACAUUUCAGACUGAAAAAAUUUGGCCUCUAGGGGAUAAAAAUGGAAAGAAAAGAAAACAACACUGCAAUAAUACUUUUGCAUCAGUAAUGUUUAUCAUUAGCAUACACGAAGAAAAUGUUAAUGUA